UUGGUCUGUCCCCUUUUUUCCAUGCACCUCUCACUCUUUCUUUCUCCACCUCUUCUUCGCACUUGUGGGAUGGUCUUUGGGAGAUGCAUGGCUAUCUGGAGAUGCAUAGAUUCUGAAAUGCACCGUGGAAGCGUUAAACCUAGGAUACAUUUACAUUCCUACCCCUCCAUUAAGAACAGGAGUUACCCUGCCUGCGGUGAUUCUUCCCCGUUAUGGAGAAGGGGGAAGGAGAGCAUGUGCUGCAGAGGGGGAACGAUGAUGAGGCGGUGGUGGACCUGGGGAAGACAAGCUCCACCAUUCACACCAACUUUGAGAAAGAGGAGCUAGAGAGUCACAGAGCGGUCUAUGUGGGUGUCCAUGUUCCUCUGGGCAGAGAGACCAAACGAAGGCACCACCGCCACCGCGGCCACAGACACCACCGCAAGAGGAGAGACCGCUCGGACCGUGAAGAUGGACGAGAGUCUCCUUCCUAUGACACCCCGUCCCAGCGGGUCCAUUUCAUCCUGGGGACAGAGGAUGAUGAUGAAGAGCACAUGCCCCACGACCUGUUCACUGAGCUGGACGAGCUGUUCUUCCGGGACGGACACGUCUACGAGUGGAGGGAGACAGCCAGGUGGUUAAAGUUUGAGGAAGACGUGGAGGAUGGAGGGGAGCGUUGGAGUAAGCCCUAUGUAGCCACGCUGUCUCUACACAGCCUCUUCGAGCUCCGCAGCUGCAUCCUCAACGGCACUGUCAUGUUGGACAUGAGAGCUAACACUAUUGAGGAGAUCGCAGACAUGGUGAUAGACAGCAUGGUGGCGUCAGCUCAGCUGGAGGAGGGGUUGAGGCAGAAGGUGAGGGAGGCCAUGUUGAAGAGACACCACCACCAGAACGAGAAGAAGCUCAGCAACCGCAUCCCUCUGGUGCGCUCCUUCGCUGACAUCGGCAAGAAACAAUCUGACCCACACCUGCUUGAGAGAAACGGCCUCCUGGCAUCCCCCCAGUCAGCUCCUGGGAACCUGGAGAACAGUAAACCGAGUGAGAGCCGCAUCAACGGAGGAAGCAGAGAGAACAGCACUGUGGAUUUCAGCAAGACUUGCCACUGUAGUUGUGGUUCCCGGGGCGGGGGUGCCAGGAGGCCUGCAGUGGACAUGAACUUCAUGAAGAAGAUCCCUCCGGGGGCGGAGGCGUCCAACGUGCUGGUGGGAGAAGUGGAAUUCCUGGAGCGACCAAUCAUAGCCUUCAUCAGGCUGUCCCCCGCCGUGCUGCUCACUGGUCUCACUGAGGUGCCCGUACCCACCAGGUUCCUGUUCCUGCUGCUGGGUCCGUUUGGGAAGGGUCCUCAGUACCACGAGAUCGGCCGCUCCAUCGCCACACUGAUGACAGACGAGGUCUUCCAUGAUGUAGCGUACAAGGCCAAAGACCGGAACGAUCUGCUGUCGGGGAUAGAUGAGUUUCUUGACCAGGUGACCGUCCUACCCCCAGGAGAGUGGGACCCUACGAUACGAAUCGAGCCCCCCAAGAGUGUCCCGUCUCAGGACAAGAGGAAGAUGCCCUCAUUGCCCAACGGCUCUGCCCAUAAUGAGUCCUUCAAGGAAGACCAGCACCAAGCAGGACCAGAGCUACAGAGGACAGGGAGGAUCUUUGGGGGCCUGGUGAUGGAUGUAAGGAGGAAAGCUCCGUUCCUGUGGAGAGAUAUUAGGGAUGCUCUGAGCCUGCAGUGCCUGGCCUCUGUACUGUUCCUCUACUGUGCCUGCAUGUCCCCUGUCAUCACUUUCGGAGGCCUGCUGGGCGAGGCCACCAAGGGAAACAUCAGUGCAAUCGAGUCGUUGUUCGGGGCGUCUCUGACGGGCGUGGCCUUCUCCAUGUUUGCGGGCCAGCCACUCACCAUCCUGGGCAGCACCGGACCAGUCCUGGUCUUUGAGAAGAUCCUCUUCAAGUUCUGCAGUGACUACGACCUGUCCUACCUGUCCUUGAGGACCAGCAUCGGCCUGUGGACGGCCUUCCUGUGCCUCGUCCUGGUUGCCACGGACGCCAGCUCCCUGGUCUGUUACAUCACACGCUUCACGGAGGAAGCCUUCGCAGCGCUCAUCUGCAUCAUCUUUAUCUACGAGGCCCUGGAGAAGCUGGUUCACCUGGGGGAACUCUACCCCAUCAACAUGAACAACAAGCUGGACAACCUCACCUUCUACAUAUGUCAAUGUUCUCCGCCGGUUAACGCCACGCCUGAGAUCCAGCAGGUCUGGAACCACAGCGGGGUCGCACCAGAAUCCAUAUCUUGGACCCAACUGGAUGUCGAUGAGUGUUCUAGGCUGCGUGGGGAGUUUGUUGGGCCAGCUUGCGGCCUCCAUGGUCCCUACAUCCCUGACGUCCUCUUCUGGUCCGUCAUCCUCUUCUUCACUACCUUCUUCCUCUCCUCCUUCCUCAAGCAGUUCAAGACCAAGCUCUACUUUCCCACCAAGGUACGGUCGACCAUCAGUGACUUUGCGGUCUUCCUGACCAUCAUGAUCAUGGUCCUGGUGGACUACCUGGUGGGCAUUCCCUCCCCCAAACUGAAUGUGCCUGACCGCUUUCAGCCCACGUCUGAGAACCGUGGCUGGCUGAUCUCCCCGCUUGGGACCAACCCCUGGUGGACCAUGCUGGCUGCAGCCAUCCCUGCCCUGCUCUGCACCAUCCUCAUCUUCAUGGACCAACAGAUCACCGCUGUCAUCAUCAACAGGAAGGAGCACAAACUCAAGAAAGGCUGUGGCUACCACCUGGAUCUUCUGGUGGUGUCUGUGAUGCUGGGGGUGUGCUCCAUCAUGGGCCUGCCCUGGUUCGUAGCGGCCACCGUGCUCUCCAUCUCCCACGUCAACAGUCUGAAGCUGGAGUCAGAGUGCUCGGCUCCCGGGGAACAGCCCAAGUUCCUGGGGAUCAGAGAGCAGAGGGUCACCAGCUUCAUGAUCUUCAUCCUUAUGGGCUGCUCUGUCUUCAUGACCUCGGUGCUCAAGUUCAUCCCUAUGCCAGUCCUCUACGGGGUGUUUCUCUACAUGGGUGUGUCCUCACUCAAAGGCAUCCAGUUCUUUGACCGUAUCAAGCUGUUCUGCAUGCCAGCCAAGCACCAGCCGGACCUGAUCUACCUGCGCUACGUUCCCCUGUGGAAGGUCCAUGUGUUUACCCUGGUGCAGCUCACCUGCCUGGUGCUGCUGUGGGUCAUCAAGGCGUCCGCCGCCGCCGUCGUCUUCCCCAUGAUGGUGUUGGCCCUGGUGUUUAUACGGAAGCUGCUGGAUCUAUGUUUCACCAACAGGGAGCUGAGCUGGCUGGACGACCUGAUGCCUGAGAGCAAGAAGAAGAAGGAGGACGACAAGAAGAAGAAAGCCAAGGAGGAGGCUCAGCGCCUGCUGGAAGUGGAAGAGGGCAUAGCACACCCCUACGACGGUCCGGGCAUCCUCAAGACCCUCAAAGUCAGUUUGGACCCCUCUAUGGUAAACAUUUCUGAUGAAAUGGCCAAAACCGCCAAUUGGAAGUCUGUCUCCAUGAACUCUGACAGUGCCAAAGCUCUGAAACAUAGUGCCAGCCAGGCGAAGGUUUCCUGUGUGAAGAUAAACUUGGAGAAUGACCAGGGGGAGAAGUAUGGGGAUGCUGAGACCUCCUUAUGAGGGAGGGACGGGAGGAGCAGGGAGAGUGCCACGUCAGCCCCUAGCCCACCAGGGUUGUCCUCCUGUCCUCCCACACAGCAGGGGCCAGUGUCCUUCAUGGCCCUGUCCGUUGCCCUAACAGCUGCUACCAUACCAAUGCCAAUGGGGCACACAAAGACACAACCACUUCUACUUAGCCAUGUUUCUUUAGUUCUUAUUGUGAAAUUAGUACGAGGGAAAUUUGUCUUUUAAUUUGAUCAUCGUUUUAAGGUGAAAAAACAUUAACUUUAGAUUCAGGUGUGCCUUUUUUAAGGAGCCACUUGGUCUUCUUGGAAUGACUUUCAUCAGGCUUUUUACCAACAUGUCCAUAGUCUGUCUCUGUGAUAUGGUGUACAGUCUGUCCUCGUAACAGUUCGAGGGCAAUGCAUUAUGAAUGCAUGUAGUGGCCUCUAUGGCCCUUAGUGCAUUAUAUUAGAAGAGUUGCUGUAAGCAUUUCAAACAAGACUGUCCCCAGGUGGUUCAUAGGAAGCAGUAGGCCUAACAGCAGUCCAAGCACCCCGGGUGGCUUGACCACAGCGACGGCUACUACUCACAGCACUCUAUCUGGCUCUCUCAAACAGAAAGUGUCUAUUGUUCAGAGUGAGCAGAUGACGCUCAACAAAAGAUCCAAAUACAUUUAGAGCACAUAUUAGAUUUAAUGGUGGGUGUGUGGGCACUCGGGUGUGUGGGCACUCGGGUGUGUGGGCACUCGGGUGUGUGGGCACUCGGGUGUGUGGGCACUCUGGUGUGUGGGCACUCGGGUGUGUGUACAAGUGUAAGAAACUUAAGAGCAGCUUAAGAUGGCUUUUCACAAUAUCAGAGUCAUGUGUACGAUGUGCUGUUGAUUCAGAUUAUCAGUCACAGUAGGUUGAAAGGCUGAAGAUGUUCUGUCAAAGUGAACAUGACAGACCACAGCAUAGCCCAUAGUUUGCAGAAUAUUUCUUGAAUUAAUUGGCAAACAUCUCUUACUAAUCUUAAACAAUCCCAAAUUGGAAACGGACUAUAAUAAGAUGAAGUUUCAAAAACACAUUUCUCGAUUGAGCGGUCUUGUUAUUUUGGAGUAAUGGUGUGUCCAUGUCCAUACAUACAUAAUGGUGGACUUGAAAGGAAGAAAAUAUGUAUAGAGUAAGUCUAUAGAGGUUUCUAAAACUGAUGCCUUCUUUAGGGCAGGUUUAAAGCUGUUCAAUAGUGUUACUGUACAUGGCUGUGGUAGCCUGGGUUUAAUCUAGUGUAGUGCACCUGCACCAAGGAGAUCUUACCAGAGCUGUAGCCUCCCCUUGGUUAUGAUGACGAGGGGAACCCACUUUUAUCCAUUUAAACGGUUUACAUCCAAUGGAAUAUUUUCUGUUAUGGGGUAUAUAUUUUAGAUUGUCUAUAUAUAUUUUUUUUUUUAUCAUUGUUAUUAUCUAUAUCAUUACAAAAUGUAAUGCAUUUAAUUUAUUUUGAAUUGGUCAACAGAGUUUGGGAGGGGGCGGGAGGAGGGGGCAGUGUCAUUGUUUGUUGCUGGCCGGUAAUUAACGUUCUUUAUUUCCUGUCUUUAUAUCUGUGCACUUUAGAUACGCCUGCCGCACAACGAGAGGGGUGGGCAGGCUAUAUGUACCUUUUUAUACACAUGUAUCUAUUUAGAUCAGUCUCAGGAACCAAUGGGCUCAAUGAUGCCCUUGUCUCUUUCUCUCACCGUCUCUCUGUCAGUCUCUUUUUUUCUCUCUCUUUCUCUCGGCCUCUCCCUCUCUCUCACUCUCUCUGUGUUGUCUCUCAAUUUCACUCUGUUGCUCACUGACUGACUCCCUCAUUGUCAAUCCACUAGUGUUGCUAGAAGAUGUUGCUGUGUGUUUCUCUGCCCCUCCCUUUCAGCUGUAAACCCUUUUUUCCUAUUUGACACUGGACAACACUGUGAUAGGUGGGUUUCUCUGUGCUCUUCUUUUAUUGGCUAUUCUGUUGUAGGCUGUUUUGUAAAAAAAAAAAAAAAAAAAAGAUCUUAAGUCAUUUUUUUCCGGUGGAUUUAGUGUUAAUGAAUAGCAAUGCUUUUGGUUGAUUAUCCAAUAUGUAUACUGUUACAGGAGUCCUACUGGGAAAGGCAUCAGUCUGCUGUUCAUGGCUCUGUGAUUGAGUUUAAUUCAUGAGUUUGAAUUAUGUGAUUAAAUUAGUUUUAUUUAAAUCUAUAGUGUUAUACAAAUAUGGAAUGAAGGUUAUGAAACAUUGGGUGUAAGUCGUACCGGGGGGCAAGAAUUUGUUUUGACUUCAAUAAAGAGGAGACUCCUCAAGUUCAAUAACUGACUGCUUCCAUCUGAACACCUUGAUGAAAAAAAAAAGUCAUUUCAAGAAAAAGUGCAUCUGUUUUAACAGCUGUUUUGCCCUCUGGGUCAAUGAUGGGCCCCAUAAGUAUGAAUGAAUGUUGGGAUCGUCGUACGUUCUUGUUCCUUCUGACUUUGUGCUACCAGUGGUGUAAAAAGACUUUUCAAUAUUACUUAAGUCAUUUUUUGGGGUAUCUGUACUUUUCUUUACUAGUUAUAUUUUUUACAACUUUUACUUCACUACAUUCCUAAAGAUAAUAAUGUACUUUUUACUCCAUACAUUUUCCCUGACACCCAAAAGUACUUGUUACAUUUUGAAUGCUUAGCAGGACAGAAAAGGGUUCAAUUCACACUUAUCAAGAGAACAUCCCUACUGCCUCUGCUCUGGCGGACUCACUAAACACAUUCUUCAUUUGUAAAUGAUGUCUGAGUGUUGGAGUGUGCCCUGGCUAUCCGUAAAUUUAAAAAACAAGAAUUGUACCGUCUGGUUUACUUAAUAUAAGGAAUUUUUAAUUAGUCUUACUUUUGCUUUGAUACUUAACUAUAUUUUAGCAAUUACAUUUACUUUUGAUACUUAGGUAUAUUUUAAAACCAAAAUGUAGACUUUUACUCAAGUAGUAUUUUACUGGGUGACUUUUACUUGAGUCAUUUUCUAUUAAGGUAACUUUACUUUUACUGAAGUAUGACAUUUGGGUACUUUUUCCCAUCAUUGGCGCUGCCUUGGUGUGCAUUAUCUCUUGGUAGUUGAGUACUUAAGCAGGCUGGGACUAGGAAACGUGGCCUACUGGGGAGCUUGUUAAGAGCAGUCCAAGGUGCCUUUUUCUCACCAUCUUCCCUACGAAGUACAACAAUACAACACAGAAUAAACUGUCAUAGUACUGCUAUGUGAAACUCCUAAACCAGUGACGAUCACUGAGGACAGGCAAUCUUUCAGCACCGUGUGACUAGACAUUUCAGUCCCCUAUAAAGUGGAUUGGAUUGGCCUCAUGUUGCCAUUAGGUUUAAUAACAGUGAAGUUUUUAAUUAAUUGUUCUUAAACUGUACAAUGAAUGGUAUCUGUACUAUUCCUAUGAGGUUGGGAUGGCGGGAACCGGGGGAUAACGCAAAUGAACGAUUACGUUUUUUGUAAUGGAAAUGAAGUUGUUGAAGGAAAGCAAUAAAGGUUACUACGUUGUA